ACUAGAAAGGAAAGAAAUGGAAAUGGAAAUGGAAUGGAUGAAAUGAUUUAUAAGUAUUUGGGAAGAUCAACUGGUUUGAUUAAUCAUGAGAUAGAUCAAAGAAAUGAAAAGAUGAAGAAACCGAUACCUAGGAUCCCAACUCCUUUUAGUAGUAGCAACAGUAGGAAACCUCAUGGUCUGGUAGAUGAUCAAGUUGGAAGAUAUGCAAGGUAUUCUUAUUUGGAUGGGAAAGGGAAUGAAGUUUAUUUACCACUCAAUGGAUCUCUUAUCACUUCUACUACUUCUAAUAAUAAUAAUAGUCAUUUGAAUUUUUCGUCAAUUAAUACUCUUAGAACUUGAGUAAAUGGAAAAAACGGAUUGGGAAACAAAUGAAAAAUGGAUUCGAAAGGGGGAAUCUUGAGAGGGGAGAAAAAGUAUAAAGUGAAAUGAAAGAUUUUUGUUUAUAUUUGUUUUUUUUUUCUUGCGGGGUUUACUUUUGAAAAGGGUUUUCUUUUUUUCUUCUUGAGAAGAGAUGGUUAAUAAAUGAUUAUUAGGUUUGGUGUAAACAAAUACCAAAUAAACCUCAAGUUUUUUUUACAUAUAUUUUCUUUAUAUAUUUCUUGAUUUUGAUUUUUGAUUUUGUUUAUGAUUUUGUUUAUGAUUUUGAUUUUUGAUUUUGAUUUUGUUUAUGAACUCUUGUGCGUGUGUGUGUGGGUGCGUGUGUGGGUUUUGGGUUGAAAUAAUUAAUUUAAUUUUAAUUUUG